GACCAAAACGCCCCCGCCACAAAAGCCUCCGCUAAUGAUAUCAGCAGCCCAUAUAUCUCUCUCUAUCUUGAGAACCCAGGAUCAUUUAAUAAUGGCGAGGUGCGUGCCGUUUCAAAGUUUCAGAUCAGGGGCAGGCAUGUCAAGUUCCCCCCGAGCCUCCAGUUAAACCUUCCCUAUCCGAUUCCAACUCCCUCAUUUCUUACAACUCCAGCACACAAAAAUCCAUCCAUCCAUCCACCCAAGGAGGAGAGAAAAAGAGUGUAGGAGGAGGAGGAGGUGCCUCUGAAAGCAAGCCAUCAUUCGGCCACCAAAUGCGGGAAUGCGUAUCGGCUAACAGGACAAGAGGCCGAGCACCAAGGAGCAGGAGCUGCGUCGGCGUCGGCGUCGGCCGGGGGACGGACGCCGAGAGAGCAAGCUAGGUAGACGCCGGCCAUGUCGUAUGAUCAGAUGCUGUCGCCGCUGCUGGGAGGCGCCGGGCGGUCGGCGUGGACGCCGCGGCUGCAGCAGCUGGGCGGCGAUGCGGUGACGAGGCAGAUACUCAAGUGCACGCGGUGGCAGCUGGAGGAGACCACGGACUUCGUCACCUGCCCCUACCACUACUACUGCGACAGCUCCUACCCGGGCGACUACCACUCCGCCGUCGGCGCGCUCGUCGCCGCCUUCGCGGCCUACUGCUUCGUCGCCGCGCUGGCCUUCGCCGUGCUCGACCUCGUCCGGAGCGGCGCCGCUGGCGUGAGGGGCGUCAAGCGGAAGUACCUGGUCCCCUCGGGCCCGUUCCUGCUCCCGCUGGUGCUGCUGGCGCUGGCCAAGGGGCAGCGCGUCAACGCCGUGUUCCCGCUGGCCCAGCUCGGCCCGGCAUUGCUGCUGCUGCUGCAGGCGUCGGCGCUGGCGUUCCGGAACGAGGCCGACGGCGACAUCCGGUACGCGGUGCUGGAGGCCUCCACGGUCUCCGGGGUGCUGCACGCCAGCCUCUACCUGGACGCCGUGGUGCUGCCCUACUACACGGGGCUGGAGGCGCUCCGCUGGUCGCGCUUCUCCGGGGAGUGCGCGUCGUGCCUCUGCCGCAUGGAGCCGCUGGUCGUCGGCGGCACGGCGAUGCGGUACCGCGGCCUGUCCAAGACGGCGCUGGCCAUCAUCUUCGCGCUCUGCUCCAGGAUGGUGUGCCGGAUCUACGGCGAGGAGCGGCUGAGCGCGUGGACGCGGUCGGCGCUGGAGGGCGUCGGGUGGGUGUUCGUGGCGGCCGACGCCGUGUACCUCGUCGGCUGGGUGGCGGCGGAGGGCGGCGCCGUGGGCGUGGCGGCCUACAGCCUGGUGGCCGGGCUCGUCUUCCUCUGCGUCUUCGGCAAGGUGUACAGAUUCUUGGCGUGGGUGGAGUCGCGGCAGUCGCAGUGGAAAUCCAGCCUCUGCCACGCCGUCGUCUGAUCGCCGUAAAAUCUUCUCCCGUCCGUCUGUAUGUAGAGAAAAAAACAAGAAAUUAAGAGAAACAAAUCUCCUCCUCCUCCAUUUCUUAGUUCACCUUUUGUUUCUUCAUUUUGAUGUACAAAUUUACAAUGCAUGACACAAUGGGAAGAAAGGCAAGAAAUUCUGCAAAAA